AUGUAUAACCAUAAAAAUUUUGCAGGUGAGUACAACAUCACGGUGAAUGCGGACAUUUCUUUGGACUGGCGCAGUCAUUUGCGUCUCCUCGCCUGUCACGCAGACGUUGGUGACUUCAAGAGCGUCCAACAAACUUUCCUCGUCAUUCAUCUGAGUACGUAA